AUGAAUGAGAGCAACGAUUACGUCAGAGUUGGAUAUCUGACGUUUUGGGGUGUGCGAAAGAACAAGUAUAGUGCUGCUGUAUAUCUGGAAAUAACGGAUGUUCUUCCUCUCACCGAAGUGGCUGGCAGCAAAAACGACUCUGUAAUUCAGUUCUCCUGGUUUGGAGGGGACAAUUUCUUAUAUCUGCCUACAAAAAACGUGGAGAUUGUGGAUGAGAAGAGAGCUGAACUUCUUUUUGGAGACCUCAAUGUAUUUAGUAGCAUGAAAAAAGAGUAA